CCCUGGUGCUAUCGAUGCUAUAAGUAAGUUGAAAACAACACUAAUUUAGCAAAUUGGAGACUAAAAUCAAGGGAAACUUACCCCGAAACGUAACUGAAGACUCGGCGCACACACGGUACCUAUGGGCAGUGGGAUUGUGGUGCAAUUGGCUCGAAAGUACGGCGCAGUGAUAUUCUUUCCCACUGUUGCAGUCGGCUCGAUUUACGCAGAUUGGUCGCACACCCGCGAGUGGAAACGCCAGCAGCUUCAGUUGGCACAAAGCGCCCAGCUAAGGAAUCAGCGAUAGACGCUCCAACCCCCAUAUAUAGAGCGG